UUGUUAUUACUGGCUGCAUUUUCUCACAAGUGCUUUUAAAUGCACAACAUGAUACAUACAUACAUUUUGAUCUUUAGACUGACAUUUGUGCCCUGUUUUCAAUUUGAAGUAAAUUACAUUUUGAAAUAGAUUUGCUUCAUAGAGUUCUUUUCAGAUCAUCCACCAAUUGUUUGCAAUUUUGAAGGCAAACCUGCACAGUAUUCUCAACAUGCUUCAGUACUCAUGGUCAUUUGGAGUUGACGGUGCUGCAGCGUUGUUUCCUCCCUCUAGAUGGCAGUAACCUCAGCUUGGAAGGUCCUUUGCUUGAUGGCUCCCAUCUGGCAGUGUUGACAUGCAUACAGAUGUGAACCAGGAUUUACACUAAUGCACAGUGUCAGCCAUCUGUAGAAGAACUGUAGCAUGGGAUUUGGAGGCCAAGAGGUAUAGAGGAACAGGAUGUAAAACUAAGCGGAUGGUGGCAGUCAGGACGCAUCGCAUUUUUUGGAUUUACAUCCAGCAGGAGCGCCACAUCAGAGCCUCCCUACACUGGAAGAGGCACUCGCAUCCGCGGGACUCUGCUGAGCCCAAUGAUGAAGUCCUGGGUCGGCACCACAGCGCUAUUGCUGCCAAUCGCCUUCUGUCUUGGGUUGGUGCGGGUCUGUAAUGGAGCGGCUAUUUCUAUUUCAUGUGGUUCCAUCUACAAGAGUUUUGCACAGUGUUUGCUGACACUCGGGGACAGUUUGGUGGAAACACAAAAAGAUCAGGAUACGCAGGACAUUGAUGCAAUCUGCAGGUCCUGGAAUGACUUCCAUGUUUGUGCCAACACGGCCAUGUCUGGCUGCCCCCGAGAAGCAGCAGCAGUAUGGGAGUCUCUAAGACAAGAAUCCAGGAAGGCCCAGUUCUCUGGAAACCUCUAUGACAUGUGCGCCAGCCUCACCACCCUGGUACCCAGCACCGUGCCUGCACCCCUGACCCCUCCCACCUCAGAUCAGACCAAUCAGGAAACACUGAAGGGACGAACGUACCAGCAGAGCCCCGCCCUCACCACGAUGAUCUUUCCAAUAUGUAGCACUCUAUUAGUGCUGCUCAGGAUCUAGAUAGGUCAUCGUCAUUUCAACUUGCAUUGUUUGCUCAGAGACAUUAAUAUGCCAGUUUUAUAUACUGUACAGUGUACUAUAUAUUAGUUCUUAUCUUCUUUUUGAGUGCUGACAAAAAUGCUUUUUUAAUCAGAUUGGGACAAGGAUAAUUACAGAUUUAUUAUUAGUUUUUUAAAUCACAGAUCAGCCGCAUUUAUGAUUAGGCCUCAAUCCUAAAAUCAGGGUUUCAGAAACAGAAUCAGCAAGACAUAUUUUUAUUGAAACUCCUCACACUCGGAGUGAAGUUGACUUAAUGUAAAUAUUAGUGACAGCUUUUCAAUGAACACUAUCUCAUGGAGAACAAAGAAUAUUGUUAUCCAAACAUGUCAUAUGUCAAAUUAGAUAGCAGUAUAUUUAGAGUGCCCUCUGAUUGGCUGGUGACCAGUUCAGGGUAUACCUUACCUCUUGCCCAAAGUCAGCUGGGAUAGGCUCCAGCAUACAACUGCGGCCCUAGUGGAACAAGCAGCCUAAAAAAAGGAAUGAAUAUACAGAAGAGCAUACAUUAAAUUAGUUAUUCUAUUUAUGGCUAUAAAUUUAGUAAAAUUAAGUAAUUUCAUUUGAAAUUAUGGAGAGAGACUCCUUCAAAAAAUGUUACCGAAUGUAGAUUUGUUAAAAUUGAAAAAAAAAAUGUUGUAGCUAUUUGAGUUUUGAGUUUGAGUGGGAAUAUUUUUUUCUGUGUGUGCGUGCGAUCUUAAUACUCUUAAAUGGUUUCAUAACAAUCGUGGCAUGAGCAGAUUAAUCUCGUCUGUCUUUAGUCAUCCGUUGUUGUGCAGCAUGGUACUAUGCACCUCCAAAACCUUUGAAACAGUCUUGAGCCCUUGGAGGACUUUGGUGGCGGACUGAGAGGGAGGAGGAUUGUUCUCCAUUGUCACGAACAUGAUGCUCACAUGACAUCUAUACAACAAAAAAAAAAAGUCAGAGGUCAGAAGUGCGUGCGCUAUCUCUGCAGCAGGAUGAAUAUUAAGAAGGAGCAGCUGCUGCUGAACCUUUGUGUGUGUGUGUGUGUGUGUGUUAUAUAAAAGAGUCAUGCAUCAAACUUACAUUAAAGUCCAUUUUGUAAAUGCAGGCUGUCAACAUGCAGCCUCUGCAGGAGAACUUUGACAGCGUCAGUCAUUAUUCUAAUUGUGGACCUUUUAUAUACAUCACCAA